GGUAUAUUAAGAACUUAAAUUAACUGUUCAUCUUACACGUUGUCAGUCAAGGGUAAAAGACAAGAACAAAGCAGCAUUUUUUAUGAUUGUUGGACUGAGGCUGCAGUUUAAGCACAGCCACAUACCAUUUUUUAAAUUAGCAUUGACAAGUUAAGCUCCAGCACUGUCAACUAAAAUAGAAGUGAUCGAUUUGGAGCUACAGAAUCAGCUUCUGAAUUUGCAAUGUGAAAGUCAAAAACAGCAAUGUGUGAGCUGAAUUUUUUAAAAGAAAAAUGAUGGGAAGAGAUUUUAAACAUCCAUGUUAUAAUGAUAUUUGCAGGAAAGUGUGGCAUUUUACGGGUUUAAAAGUGUUGAGGAACCCAAAAGAAGGAAUAGAACACCACUGCACCAUAUUAACAUGCAUGUAUGAAUCUAAAAAUGCCUACAAGUCUUAAAUAUUACAGAUACACUGAUGAUGAAUAGCCUACAUGUAUGAAUGCAACUAUUAAUAAAAAAGUAAUUUGUACUUUUAGUGAGAAUAAGAAAAUAAAUGACUAUGUUAAGCCUUUUCCAGAUACCUAAAGUUACCACAGUAACUGUUCUGUUACGAUAUUAAAUUCUUAAGGUAACCCUUAAUUUUAAACUUAAGUAAACGUCAGUAAACUUCUGUGUUUUGACUUAUCGGAAACUCCCACCAGUCACAGUCAGUCAGUCACUCGACUGCAACGUUAUUUCCUGCAAUGAUGUGACAUGAGGAGCUGGUGCGCGUUAGAAAACGAUAAAAGCUCGCGUUUACAGCGUUUAAAUUGAACGAAGGGACAUGAAAUAAGGAAAGAUGAGAGACAGGCUGGUUGAACUGGGAGGUGUUGCCACCAAAGACCACAGAGAGGAAGAGCAAGUAGAUAGCAGCGAAGAUGUGGACAGUGGUGUAUUUGAACAGCAUGCGGUGGUGUUUGAGGGCGAGGACAUCAUGGAGGAUGCCUUCAGAGAAGCUCAAUCCAUCCAGAAAGAAAUCGCCCAUCUCCGGAUUGAGGUGAAGAGACUAGGCAAGCAGAACACACGCUUUCUCACCUCCGUCAGACGCAUUAGCAGCAUCAAACGUGACUCGAACACGAUCGCACGCAGCAUCAAAACCAAAGGGGAGAACCUGUAUGCUCGGAUACAGAAGAUGGAUGCACUUUGUAAAAAGCUGGAGGAGGAACACGGAGCCCAUUCGGCUUUGGUGCGCAUGAUACGCGGCCAGUUCGUCUCUAUAACGGGUGCUUUUCACGAGGCCAUGAAUGAGUACAACGGCGCUGAAAUGGCACAGAGAGACAACUGCAAGACUCGCAUCCAAAGGCAAGCGGAGAUCAUGGGUAAGGAAGUGACUGGAGAUCAAAUCGAAGAAAUGAUCGAGACGGGCAAGUGGAACGUCUUCUCUGACGACUUGCUUACAGACGGGCGAACUGCUCGCUCAGCGCUCACUGAGAUCGAGAAUCGCCAUAAGGAGCUUUUGGAGUUGGAGAGUCGCAUUAGAGACAUCCAUGAACUGUUUUUCCAGCUGGCCUUGCUGGUGGAGGAACAAGGGCCCAUGGUGGACAACAUUGAGGCCAAUGUAUACGCCACCCAAGACUUUGUGGCCAAAGCUGCAACUCAGAUUAAGAAGGCUGUUAAAUACAAGAAGAAAAACCCUUGUCGACAGCUCUUCUGUUGCUGUUUUCCAUGUUGCAACAAAUGAUUGCAGUGUUACCGCCCUGCAUUUCACACAAGCCAUAGCAUAUUAAACGAACAACCGUCUUGCAUGCUAGUGUUAACCAUGUCACGUGAUUUGCUCUGAAGAGACCAACCAAUGCCCAGUGCCUGCGCUUGAAGGUUGUCACAGUGAAAACUUUGUGUUUUCUUGUAAACCACAUGAGAUGCAAUGGAAAUGAGCUGAAGUGAUACUGCAGUCUCACUGCUAAAUUUUGAGAGUCACAGGACAUUUACUUGAUGUGUAAAAGAUAUCAAAAAGGAAACCACAAGUAAAGUGUUUUACGCCCAUGUACAGUGCACAAGCAAAUAUUAUACAGAAACGUUUUACUGAUAAAUCUACUGCUUUAUUUUAAGGUACAUUUGUGUAUGUGUAUGUAUGGUUUGUUGCAUUAAUUUAAUAAAUAUUUUUAUCUUUUA